AUGAAGCCAGCCAUGGAAACUGCAGCUGAGGAAAAUACUGAACAAAGCCAAGAGAGAAAAGUGAACAGCAGAGCUGAAAUGGAAAUUGGCAGGUACCACUGGAUGUACCCAGGCUCAAAGAACCACCAGUACCAUCCUGUGCCAACCCUGGGGGACAGGGCUGGCCGCUUGAGCAGUCCAGGCUGCUUUGAAUGCUGCAUCAAGUGUCUGGGAGGAGUCCCCUACGCCUCCCUGGUGGCCACCAUCCUCUGCUUCUCUGGAGUUGCCUUGUUCUGUGGCUGUGGGCAUGUGGCGCUCGCGGGCACCGUGGCCAUUCUGGAGCAGCACUUCUCCACCAACACCAGUGACCACGCCUUGCUGAGUGAGGUGAUACAACUGAUGCAGUAUGUCAUCUAUGGAAUUGCAUCCUUCUUCUUCUUGUAUGGUAUCAUUCUGUUGGCAGAAGGCUUUUACACCACAAGUGCAGUGAAAGAACUGCACGGAGAGUUUAAAACAACUGCCUGUGGCCGGUGCAUCAGUGGAAUGUUUGUUUUCCUCACCUAUGUACUCGGAGUGGCCUGGCUGGGCGUGUUUGGUUUCUCGGCGGUGCCUGUGUUUAUGUUCUACAACAUAUGGUCAACCUGUGAAGUCAUCAAGUCGCCGCAGACCAAUGGGACCGCGGGUGUGGAGCAGAUCUGUGUGGAUAUCCGGCAAUAUGGUAUCAUUCCUUGGAAUGCUUUCCCAGGAAAAAUAUGUGGCUCCACCCUAGAGAACAUCUGCAACACAAAUGAGUUCUACAUGUCCUAUCACCUGUUCAUUGUGGCCUGUGCAGGAGCUGGUGCCACCGUCAUUGCCCUGCUGAUCUACAUGAUGGCUACCACAUAUAACUAUGCGGUUUUGAAGUUUAAGAGUCGGGAAGAUUGCUGCACUAAGUUCUAAAUUGCAUAAGGCCACUAAGGAGCUUUAGAGAGCAAUACUCUGUAGCAUGAAAUAUCACUGACACUCCAGACUAAAGCAGAGUCUAGGCUUCUGCAGUUUUGUCACAGUAAUUUGUAAAUAGCUUUUAGUAAACUCAUUUUGCAUGGUAGAUUAAUAAGAUGACUUACUGUACAUAAAUUACAAAAUAAUGAGAUCUGGCUAUUUCCACAUUUUAAAAAGGACUCAUUUACUGACAUGGUGAGCAUCCUUUUGAAAAAUAAUUUUCUUGAACUUCAGCUUUGAGCAGUAUCUCUAAAUAUGAAGUAUUAACACUCUGGAAUACCCUCAUUUUCUAUUAUUUUUUGCUUGCUUGAUAGCCAGUUUCAAUGAUGAAAAUGAAAACAAGUUCUGAAGAUGAAAUGGAAGAGAACCGUUUUAAACCGGAUUUUGUUUUGUCAGACUUUCUGGAAAAUACUUUGCAAACAUGUUUUAAAUUUGAUUUAAAACAUUUUUUUAUGACCACAUGGUUCACUACUAAAUGUCCCUCUAAUAAGCCAGAGGAAAAUUU